AUGGCGCUGCAAGUGGAGACUUCUUACCUGCUGUGGCGGCAGCUGAUUCGCAUGUCGCUGGAUCUCGCGGUGGUCGCAGUCUUCACCGUCUGCAUGGUAUACAUUGCGUUCUUCGAAAACACUUGGUCGACGGUGUCUAUGCGCUUCGUGCCCUCCGUCCUGGGCUGGGUCGUUUUCUUCUCCUCGCUCUUCGUCUUCGAGCCCAUCUACGAGCUCUAUGUCGGCAUCACCGCCGGCCAGUGGCCCUCCUGGGCGACGCGGCGGGUGAUAGGUCCUGGAGGUCAGGGCGAGCUGCAGCUGGAGGACACGGACGAACUGCGCGCGAGACAAGAUGGCGGCGCAGAGACGGAGGACGAGAAACUCAGCGAGAAGAGGAAAAGCAAACUCCUGCGCUUCAACCGCCUCGCGACGGACUUCAAGAUGCGGCGGAGACUCAAAUUUGGCCAGGGCUUUGUCCGAGCUUCUCUCGUGCGCCUGGUCUACUGGCAUCAUCUGCUGCGACACAACGUCCACCGCCUCUGCAGCAGGCCGUCGUUCGCACUCGCGACCGUCGUCUGGAACUUCGCUUGGUCGGUCUCCUGGUGCGCCACGCUCUACCGGUGGCGGCGAGAGACCUUUGACGAGCCUUGGAACUUCCAUCUGAUCAUGACGUCGGAGUACGCGAUGCAGGAGUUUUUUCUCUCGGCUGCGACGCUCGAGUUUCUGAUGACGUUUCUGCAGCAGACCGAGGUGCUGCCGAUGCUUCUCUGGCCUUCGUUCUGGGUGGAAAUGGUCACGCUGCCGCCGCUCAACGUCUUGUUCUACAUCUGCUUUGACCCGUUUUUUCACAUGCGCCGUACUGCGGCGGAGCUUCUGCUUCUCACAGGCUGUCUGCGCUGGAUCAAAACUUUCUUCAUGACCCGCUUCAUCAGCACGAGUGUGGUUUGGGGCAACGCGACCAAGGGUCACGUCGUGCAGCUGGUGCUGGGCAUUAUUUUCCUGCUCACCUCCUUCGCGUCGGCAAUGUUCACCUCGGAUGGGAUCAACCCCGACAACAUCGGAGACACCGAGCGCGAGCUGUACACCCUGCGCGAGCUGUUCAACUUCUGGUACUUUGGCGUCGUCACGAUGUCCACUGUUGGCUAUGGAGACAUCUCGCCGCGCACGAUUUGGGGCCAGUGUUUUUGUAUCGCCUUCAUCGUCACGUCCCUCAUUUGGGUGCCGAGCGAGUUCGGCCGACUCAUCGAGUCGUUCACUUCGCAGCGAAAAGUGUGGGGUCGCCUGCCGUUGAGAAUCGACCACACUUCGUUCGUGCUUCUCCUCGGUGACGUCGAGCCUGCGCAGCUCUCCGCCUUCUUGCAGGAGGUCCGCCUGCGGCGAGCGAUGCCCCCGAAGAUCGUCGUCCUGAGUCUGCGGCAGUUCGAGGACUACCGCAACCAAAUGGAGGAGGCGCAGAGCGGCCAGCUCCGCCUGUGUCUCGUCACCGGCGAGGCAGGCAUCGGUGGAGACCCUGCAGACCUGCUCAUGGUGCAGCCUCACCAUUCCGAGGGAGUUUUCCUGCUGUCGUCGCCCUCCGCGCUGACCGCGUACUACGACCGCCAGACUCUGACGCGCCUCCUCAGUCUCCUCCGGCUGAAAGUCGAUCCCCAACACGUCAGCGUGCAGCUGUGCACCGACGUGUGCGCCAACAUCAUCGGGUCGAUGGGGUGCCUGAACUACUCGAUUUUGAGCGACCUUAAGAUGGGGUUGAUUGCAAAGUCGAUCUGCGGGCACUCUGGCAUCAUUCCGCUGAUCUGCAACCUCUCUGGAAGCGCGUACCCCGACGUCCCAAUCGGCGAGCUCACGAAGCAGUUCGGCAAGGAAACCAUCCCGUACCUCUCCGAAUAUGUGCGCGGGGCGCUCCACUCCUUGUAUGCGUUCCGCGUCCCCGCGUGCAUGGUUGGUCUCCCCUUCGAGGAGGUUUGUCUGGGGUUGUACUACUGCGCGAACAUCAUCUGCGUGGGAAUCCAGCGCGAUUCUUCGGACCUGGCGCCGCCCAUUGAAGAGACGCCGUGCGUCUGCAGCGGACCAACGUGCUUCUCCUCGCUGCGUCCACUCUGCAAGAAGAUGAGCCCGUGCGCCGCGAGACGCCGCCGCGCCGCGGGAAACGCGUCGCCUCAUUCGUCCUGCUGUCGCUCGCGCUCGGACGCCACGGUCUCCGUCCGUCUGCCGCCGUCCGCCAUCAUCAACGGCAGCGCCCCGGAGACCGUCUGCGGCGACGGGCGCCCCGAGGAAGACCCCGCGGGGCCCAACGCAGGCCGGACUUCGCUCCACGUCGGCUUCUCGCCCUCGUUCACCUGGCGCGCGGAGCGCCUCUCCGCGUCGCCAGUCGAGCUCCGCCGCCGCGGCAGCGAGGCGAGCGGGUCGGCACCAGUCAGCUCGACGGACGCGCCCGGGGACGCGUCGAGCUCCGCGGCCGCGGCGGCGGAGGAGACUCGCCACAGGCCGCCGUCGCUCUGGCGACGCGUGACGCACCGCGAUGCCCCUUUCGGCAGCGGGAGGUGGGCGCCGACGCGAACGAUUCGGGGCUCGAGAGUCGGGGGGGCCUCCGCGGCCUCGUUUGGCGCUCCGAGCCGGGACGAACUCCACGACAAGCAGCGCAGCGCGGACUACGGGCCCUCGUACUCGCGCAUCCAGUCGCCGCUAUCCUCCCAGGAGAUCGCUUUCUGGGUGAACCCUGCGGGCAAGAACUACCGCCUGCACUCUGGGGACAAGUGCGUGAUCAUCGCGCCAUCCGUGGGUGCCGCCGAGUUCCUGGCGUCCGCCACGGUGGUGCCCUGGUCUCAAGUUCUCUCCUCGCCGCUCGGGAGGUUCGUGGACCUUAUUGCGACGCAGCCCGCGCGCGCCGCGGUGCAGGCCGCGGGACAGGCCGUGGCCUUCGCAGCGGACGCGAAGGAAGUGGUGAACGUCGCCAUCACUGCCACGAAAGACGUCGUUGGAACCGUCGCCAAAGUCGGCUCCGACGAGAAGGGUUCCUCGGCGUCGGGAUUCUUCACAGGCGACGAGCUCGCUGUGAAGCACGAAGGGACUCUCAAGACAAAUGCCUCCGGUCGGCCGGCGAAGGCGCGCAAAAACCGGAGACCAGGCAACUCCAGCGCCGAGCAACAGAGCCCCGUGUACGGCCUCACACGGCCCGACCCCAAAAGCACCCGCAGCCCCGGCGGGCCCUUGGAGACAGGAGGCGCGACAGCGGUCGGCGACAAGCCUCAGAGAUCCAGCUCACGACGGCUCGGGCCGCGGACCUCGGGUCUGGUGCAGGAGUCGCAGCCGCUUGGAGGCCUCCAGCGGAUCUCGUCGAUCCCAGAAACGGACGAGCGACGCCGCACACUGAGCGGCAGGGAAAUGCGGACUCACGCUGCCACAGAGAGCAUCGACAUGGCUCAGAGAGGCCUCGCAGAGGAGCGCGCGCGGCGCGAUCACGACUGGGACGCUGGCACAGGCUCGGGUGGCGGAGCCUCGAGGCCCAGUAGAGAUCGGGUGCAGUCGAAUAAGGGUCCGAAGCAGUUUUCUGAAUCUGCGCGGCCGUCGAUGGCUCCUGCUGCUUUUCCCAGCGAAGCCGCGCCGGCGGCACCCGGGCUCGGUGACGCCCGUUCUUCUCGGGCUUCGUCGCGUGAACGUUCAACCGAGGAGCGUAUCUCUCUUCCGUCUCCUGGCGGUGAUGUGCGUUACGCUGCCGGUCCGUCGCCUGGUUCUCCCGCGUCGGCGUCCUUGCGCGCCGUGGAUGGUGACUCGGGCUCGUCGCGCGCGCCGGAUUCACCCCAGAGCGCGCCCGCGAUGCGGAGCUGCUUGCGUCGCCCGCAGGCGCCUCCCGCUCAAGAGACCUGCGCGCCGCCAGCCGGCAGCGUCAACACUCUGUCGCUCGCGGAAAUUCCGUGCUCGCCCUCCUGCUCGUCUGAAUCUUCGAGUCGUCGUGCGUCCCUCGGAGUAUCGUCGACCGCCUCUCAAGAGGAUGGAUCUGCGAGGGCUGCGAGACGCGGAGCCUCCGUUCAGCCGGCCUCGUCCCUCGCCCAGGCAGGGCCUUGCCCCCUGAGAGACCGCAGCGCAAGCGCAGGCCCGCCUGGGCCGCCCUUCCUCGCUCCGCCGGCGGACGAGGAGACGCGACGGACUCACGGGGUUGCGCCUCACUCCGGCUCCGCCGGCGCGGGUUCGCAGGGGCAGUCGCCCUUCCAGCUGUCUCCUCUGAACCAGCCUGCGAAAGGCGACUCCGAGCCCGUCAAGAUGUCUCCGCCCGGGAGCGAACAGAGACACCCCUGCCGAGUGGCGGCGCUUGACUUGCAGUCGAUCGGCACGGUCUGGGCGCAGGCGCAGGCCGGGGACAACUACGCGGAGGCGACGCUGCGCGCCGUCAAGGCGUUCCUCGCCGAGCGCGAGCGCGAGAAGGACGGGCUGCAACACUGGCAGAGCUGGGCGAGCAUUCCCGCGGCCAUCCCCACUCCGCUCCCGCUCAGGGAGGGGCGCACGGCGGAGGGCAACGUCUCAGCCGCCGCGGGCGCCUCGGCUGUCUUCAGGAAGCUCUUCACGACUAGCGUGGCGGGUCACGAGUACCAUAAGGUUCCCAGCUGGAACGACGAGCUUGAUGAAGAGGCCGUCAUUCCGGUCGUUCACGUGGGCGACGAGGCGGACUUCGACAGCGACGCGCACUCGCUGGACCUGCAGUCCACAGGGCCGGCGCAGGUGGCUGAGGAGGCGAUCCCUCAGGCGCCGGCGCACGCGGAGCUCGAGUCCGCGAGGCCGAGCGAACGCGUCGAUGCCGGCGCGAGCGCCAGGGCGCUUGACGACGGCAAGUUGGGCAGGGGGGAGUCUGCAGGCGAGGCUCUGCCUCAUCUGAGCGACCGCGGAGACCUCCCAGGGGCGCACGACGAGCGCGACGGCCACGAACCCCCGCCCGUCGGGCCUGCGUUGGGUGACGCCGAUGAGCCGUCGUCCGACGAGUCUGACAUGCUCGCCGCCGAGCCGCGCGUCGCACUCUCUCACGAUGUCUUUGCCACAAGCUACCUCGAGGCCCGUCGCCUGGUUUUCGCCGUGCGAGAUAACCCCCUCAUUUUGAUCUGCGGCUGGCCAAAGUACCUAGGGCGUCUGUUGAUGAAGAUUGAAGCGAUUGGCGGAUGGAAUGUUAUCAUCCUGACUGCCGAGGCUCCGCCGCCGUGGGCGGAUCUGCGCUACGUCCUUCCUUUCCGAAGGUUCACGGCGAUCAUUCGCGCUCGGCCUCUCUCCGAAGUCAACCUCGUCAGGGCCGGCGUCUUGGAUGCCAAGCGUUUUUUUAUCUUUCCGCUCGGGCUCGACAGCACGGCGUCCGCCAGCGACGAGUCGAUUGCUCAACAAGACGACCGCAACGUCAUUCUUGUCUACCUUCAGAUCAAAAAUCUGCUUCUCCAGAAAGCUGACAUGCUCGCUCGAGUUCGGCCGGGCUCAAUGCGUCACCUGCAGCCGCUGCAGUAUCGAGCAAACACUGCGCUUCCGUCCUCCAUCGCUCUGUCAGCGGCACAGGCGCUGCUCGGCUACAUGCACCAGGCUUCCGCCAAGUCGACGGACUCGCGCGACUCCUCCCCCUGUCGCCGGCCGUUUCCGCGCCCGGUCGCGGAACUGCAUCACGAGAUUCAUCGGGCUCUCCUCCAGCGCCAGGCCGUCCACGGCCGCUCUCCGCUCCCCGCCAGCGACGACGAGGCUUCGGAGCAGUCGUUCGCGUCGUCGUGGCUUGCCUCGCGCGGCUCCGACCGCGGAGACACGCCUCGCGCGGCCUCGCCGCCGACGCCGGAUUGCCCAGGCGUCGAGUUGGCGGGCGUCGCGGGCGGGCGAUCGGAGCUCGAAGCGGCGCCAGCGGCAACGGACGCUUCGUCCGGCAGCGCGUGCGCCUGGGCUCUCCGGUCUCCGCGGCCGCGGUUGUUCUCCCGCGCGGAGGAGCAGUGCGCGCUGCCGGCGUCGCCAAAGGCCGACUCUCAAACGCCCGCCCGCAGCAGCAGCAGCUGCAGCCGCGGCGCCCGCGCGCCCGAGUCCGGCGGGGAGAGCGACGGCGAGGUUCGAGGCGCGCCGACUGCAGGCUUCGAGAGGCCCCACGGACCCGCCGCGAUCCAGUUCGCUCCGGGGCCGAAGACGCCUGACAGCCGCGCAGAGGGCACGCCAGCCUUCGGCCUCACGCGCCAGGAAAGGGGUCCAGAGUCGGUUGCGAGCGAGCCCACGCGCGGGAAGAAGACUCCCGCUGUGGUGAAGGGUGCCGCGAGGAGGAACGCAUGCGUCUCCGGAGGCGGACGAGAAACCGAGGCGCUGAUGCUCGAGCUGCACGACCAGAAUAACUGGCGAUUCGUCAACGACGUAGAGUGGAUUGACCGAAAUGUAAAGGACUACCCGUGCUACAGCUCGGCGACCUAUCUUCUGUCUCCGGAGUAUAUCAAUGGCAACCUCUUCGCAGACCGAAUGAACUUUGCCGUCCUCACACAGCACCCCGCGAUCUCGCCGCACUCCAUCACGCCCCAGUUCCUCUCGGAGCUCAUUGGCUACGCGUUCACAGGAAACUGGCCCGGCAUCGAGCUUGAAGACAUCCCGCCCACAUCCCUCGAGGAUGGCCUCACGUUCGGAGACUUGUUCCGGACCUUGCUCCUCGACAGCAAAAAGAUCGCCGUCGGGCUGUACCGCUGCGGCGUCGGCUCUCUCAGGAACUACGUGUACACGUGUCCGUCGCAUAAGUGCAUUCUACAGCCGACGGAUCGCGUGUUUGUCAUUCCCAUGGGGAUCCCCCGACCGCGGCUGUCGCCAGAAAAAGUCAUCAGAAGGGUAAACGCGUAUCUCGCGAAGCAGGUCGGUGUGUAA